AUGAAAGAAGGAGAAUUAUAUGUAGCAGAAGAAUGUUCAGGAGUAUCGAUUAUAUUUGCAGACAUUGUUAAUUUCACAAAGAUUUCAUCUACCUAUUCCCCCAAGGAUUUGGUAUUGAUGUUGAAUCGUUUAUACUCGACAUUUGACGAUAUCUCUGAAUCGAUGGGCUUGGAGAAAAUCAAAACAAUUGGCGAUUCCUACAUGGUGGUUUGCGGACUUCCAUGGCACGAAGUGGAAGGCUUUUCACCAGACAUGAGAAAAAGUAAUAGUAGUGAUGGAAUCAAUUUCUAUCUGAGGGAUCGAACUGUAUAUCAUGCAAACAAAGCUUUAAAUUUUGCUUUAAAUAUUUUAGAAAGUGUUAAAAGGGUAAAUCAAAAAUAUGGCUAUGACCUUCAUUUAAGAGUUGGAAUAAAUACUGGUGAUGUUGUAAUAGGAGUAAUAGGAAAAAAGAAGUUCACCUUUGAUUUAUGGGGUGAUGCAGUUAAUUUAGCGAGUAGAAUGGAAUCACUUGGUAUCCCUGAUAGGGUUAGUGUCAGUGAAACCACCUAUAACCUAGUAUCUGAUAAAUAUGAUUUCGAAAAACAAGUUAUAGAUGUUAAAGGAAAAGGUGAUAUGGGUUUAUUCGUACAUAGACCAUCAGUCGACAAUGGUUGUACUAGUACAUCCACCAAUCAACAAGAAAAAGAAAAAGAAAAUGGAAAUGGAAAUGGAAAUGAUCAACCAGAUAAACAACAUUAUAAUGAUCAACACAAUAAUAAUAAUAAUAAUCAAAACGAUGAUUCACCUCCAAUAUUUUUCAAUGGUGGUGGAGGACAUUUAUAA